GGCAAGAGAAGGAAAAGGAGAGGGAGAGGGAGUAAGUGAGACGGACUGAGCGAGAAGCAAUCAGAAGGCUCUGACUGACCUCGCUCUAAGUUACCUCUUCAGUUGCUGACUACUGGCUAUAACAGAGAUCCUUGUGACAAGAGGCAGAGAAGGAGACGUUAAUAAGAACACAGAAGACGAGUAACACCACAGACAGGGGGAUUUCAUCACACUGUACUGCUGAAAUCCAGCUAUUGGCAGAAGAACAAUGUCAGGUCGACGGGGAGUUAAAACGAAGAAAUCUGCUCUUCCCGGAGUGAACAUCACACAGUUUGUGGACACUAUUCCUAAAGGGUGCAGCACCCCUGAUUUUGAGCGGAAACCAAUUACCUUAACGUUACAGGAAGGUAAAAAUGCAAUUUUCAGAGCUGUGGUCAAGGGGGAUCCCAGACCGGAGAUACUGUGGCAACGGAGUACUGGGAAAAUCGAUGACCAUGAGAGAUAUCGGGUCUCUUCUGUUCCUGGCACAAAUGAAUAUACCCUGCAAAUAAGCAACAUUACUGCAAAUGAUGCUGAUGUGUACCGUUUUACUGCUGUGAAUGAGUAUGGGGAAGCCACUUGCAGUGCAGGUCUUAAGAUCAUACAGGUUGGUUUCAAGAAAAAACCAAAGGAUAUCGCUGUUGCACCACAGACAGACCUGAAGAAAGAAAUAAAGCACUUCAGAAAAGCGUUAAAGAAAACCACACCCGCAGCUGCUCCAAAGAAGGAAAUUGACAUGGAACAGAUCUGGCAGCUGCUGCUGGAUGCAGACAGGAAAGAUUAUGAAAAGAUCUGCUUGAAAUAUGGCAUUGUUGACUUCCGCGGGAUGCUCAGGAAACUUCAAGAGAUGAAGGAGGAGCAGGAGACCAAGCAGGCUGAGUAUGUGCACAGUAUUGCAAACUUGAAGCAUGUCAAAAUCAAUGAACAACAAGCAAAUGCUUCAAUUGAUCUGGAGAUGGAACUGAAAAAUCCACAAAGCAGAAUUUAUCUGUACAAGGAUGGUGAGAUGAUCAAUUUUGGACUGAAUGAUGACAACAUAAAGCAUUGCUUACGGCAGGUGGGCAAAAAGUACAAUUUUGUCAUCAAUGAUCUGCAACCAGAAGAUGCUGGAGUCUAUCAGAUCAAAGUAGAAGAUGUAGAUAUCUUCUCUACUGAGCUGGAAGCAGAAAACAUCCCAAUAUAUUUUCGCUUUCCACUUGGUGAUGUGAGAUGCCAUGAGCAAGGAAAUGCUGUCUUACAGUGCACCCUCUAUGAUCCCUGCUUCAAUGCUGUGUGGCUGCACAAAAACAAUCGUCUAGAGCCAAAUGAGAAGUAUGAGAUCUCGGUCUCAAAUGAUGGCCUAAUGCACCGCCUAGUCAUCAAAAAUGCCCAGCCUCCUGACAAAGGGACUUACACCAUUGACAUUGGAAGGCGUACCUCAAGUGCCUGGCUUGAGGUUGAAUGUGAGUGCAAGGACAGUGUGUCAGAUGGAGCAGGUGGUGCUGGGGGCAUUGGUGGAAUUUAUGAGAAGGAGGGCAUGUUCGAUAGUGGGGGUGGACCAGGUGGUGCUGUGGGACUAGGUGGAAUUUAUGGCAAAGAUGGUGUGCAGAUUAGAGCUGGUGGUGCUGGAAUCUAUGGCAAGGAUGGGAUGCCAGGUGGUACUGGUGUUGCUGGAUAUGGUGGUUCUGGAGAAGCAGGUGGUCUUUAUGGCAAAGAUGGCAUGCUAGGUGGUACUGGUAGUGCUGGUGUACCUGGGGGAAUAGGUGGACUUUAUGACAAAAGAGGCAAACCAUUUGGAUCAGGAACUGGACCUGACAGUAAUGAGGGAGCAGGUAGUCUGUAUGGCACUGAUGGAAUGCUAGGUGUUGCUGGGGGAGCUGGACUCUAUGGCAAAGAUGGUAUGCCAGUUGGAGCAGGCAGUAGUGUACCUGGUGGUGCUGGCAGAGCAGAUGGCUUCUAUGGCAGGGAUGAUAUUCUAGGAGGUGCUGGGGGAUCUGGUGGUGCUAGAGGAGUAGGUGGGAAGGGUGGCAUACCAGUUGGAACAGGUGUUGGUGGAGCUGGUGCUUCUGGAGUAAUAGGUGGUCCUUAUGGCAAGGAUGGCAUGCUGGGUGGGGCUGGUGGUGCUGGAGGCUUAGAGGGACUAUGUGAUAAGGAUGGCAAGCCUGGCACAGCUGGCCUUGGUGGAAAUGGCCAUGCUGGAGGUUUAGGGGGGCUUUAUGGCAAAGAUGGCAUGGUAGAUAGUUCUGACAGACCUGGUGGAACUGUGGGAAUAGGUCAGCUUUAUGACAAAGAUGGUUUGCCUGUUGGAGCUGGUGGAGUAGCUAGAAUCUAUGACAAGAAUAGCAUGAUAACUGGAGUAGGCCCUGGUGGAGCUGGUGAUGCUGGAGGAGCAGGUGGUUUCUAUGGCAAGGAUGGCAUGCUGGUUAGUAGUGGUGGAGCUGGUGGACCUGGAGGAAUAGGUGGAUUCUAUGGCAUGGCAGUUGGAACAGAUGCUAGUGGACUUGGUGGUGGUAGAGCUAUAGGGAGCCUGUAUGGCAAGGAUGGCAGUCUGAUUGGUGCUGGUGGACCUGGUGCUCUAGGUGGUGCUGGUGGACCUCAUGGAGCUGGAGGAGAAGGAGGACGCUACGGCAAGGAUGGCAUGCCAGUUGGAUCAGGAACUGGUAGGCCUGGCAAUGCUGUAGGAGCAGAGAGUCUCUAUGGCAAAGAUGGCAUGCCACUUAAAGGAGGUAUUAGUGCACUUAGUGGUGCUGGAGGAACAGGGGUUCUCUAUGGUAAGGAUGGUGAGAUGGGAAGUGCUGGUAGUCUCCAUGGCAAAGAUCAUGUGCUAGGUGGUACCAGUGGUGUUGCUGGGCACAUUGGUGGACUUUAUGGCAUUGAUGGCAGUGGUGGUCCUGUGGGAUCUGGUGGACCCUAUGGGAAAGAUGGUACAUUAGGUGGAGGUAGUGGUGCUGAGAAACUAGCUGGACUCUAUGGUAAGGAUGGCAUGCCAUACGGAACUGGUACGGCUGAACAUUAUGGUAGUGGAGGAAGAGGUGGCCUCCAUGGCAAAAGUGGCAUGGGUGAUGCUGGUGAGCAUCCUGGUUCUGGAGGGCUAGGUAGACAUUAUGGCAAGGAUAGUACACCAGCUGGAGCAGGCACUGGAGGAGUAGGUGGACUCUAUGGCCAAGAUGGCAUGCCAGUUGAAAUAGGCACUAGUGGACUUGCUGGUGCUGGAGGUAAAGGUGGACUUUAUGGCAAGGAUGGUAUGCCAGCUGGAGCAGGCACUGGAGGAGUAGGUGGACUCUAUGGCCAAGAUGGCAUGCCAUUUGGAAUAGGCACCGGUGGACCUGAUGGUGCUGGAGGUAAAGGUGGACUUUAUGGCAAGGAUGGUAUGCCAGCUGGAGCAGGCCCUGCUGGCCCUGGUGGUGUUGGGGGGGUAGCUGGGCUCUACGGUCCAGAUGGCAUACCAGUUGGCACUGGAGGGCUUGCUGGUGCUGGAGGUAAAGGUGAACUUCAUGGCCAGGAUGGUAUGCCAGCUGGAGCAGGCCCUGCUGGCCCUGGUGGUGUUGGGGGAGUAGCUGGGCUCUACAGUCCAGAUGGCAUGCCACUUGGCACUGGAGGGCUUGCUGGUGCUGGAGGUAAAGGUGAACUUCAUGGCCAGGAUGGUAUGCCAGCUGGAGCAGGCCCUGCUGGCCCUGGUGGUGUUGGGGGAGUAGCUGGGCUCUACAGUCCAGAUGGCAUGCCACUUGGCACUGGAGGGCUUGCUGGUGCUGGAGGUAAAGGUGAACUUCAUGGCCAGGAUGGUAUGCCAGCUGGAGCAGGCCCUGCUGGCCCUGGUGGUAUUGGAGGCGUAGCUGGACUCUAUGGUCCAGAUGGCAUACCAGUUGGAAUAGGCACUAGAGGGCUUGCUGGUGCUGGAGGUAAAGGUGGACUUUAUGGCAAGGAUGGUAUGCCAGCUGGAGCAGGACUUGCUGGCCCUGGUGGCAUUGGAGGAGUACGUGGACUCUAUGGCCAAGAUGGCAUGCCAUUUGGAAUAGGCACCGGUGGACCUGAUGGUGCUGGAAGUAAAAGUGGACUUUAUGGCAAGGAUGGUGUGCCAGCUGGAGCAGGCCCUGCUGGCCCUGGUGGUGUUGGGGGAGGAGCUGGGCUCUACAGUCCAGAUGGCAUGCCACUUGGCACUGGAGGGCUUGCUGGUGCUGGAGGUAAAGGUGAACUUCAUGGCCAGGAUGGUAUGCCAGCUGGAGCAGGCCCUGCUGGCCCUGGUGGUAUUGGAGGUGUAGCUGGACUCUAUGGUCCAGAUGGCAUACCAGUUGGAAUAGGCACUAGAGGGCUUGCUGGUGCUGGAGGUAAAGGUGGACUUUAUGGCAAGGAUGGUAUGCCAGCUGGAGCAGGCACUGGAGGAGUAGGUGGACUCUAUGGCCAAGAUGGCAUGCCUGUUGGAAUAGGCACUGGUGGACUUGCUGGUGCUGGAGGUAAAGGUGGACUUUAUGGCAAGGAUGGUAUGUUAGCUGGAGCAGGCCCUGCUGGUCCUGGUGGCAUUGGGGGAGUAAGUGGACUUUAUGGUCCAGAUGGCAUGCCAGUUGGAACAGGCACUGCUGGACAUAGUGGUGCUCUAGGAGAAGGUAGCCUCUUUGACAAGGCUGGCAUUCAAGGUGGUGCUGGUGGGUCUGGUGGUAGGGGAGGUGGACUCUGUGGCCAAGAUGGCUUUCCAAUUGGAACCAGCACUCAUGGAUUUGGCACUGCUGGAAGGGGUGGCCUCUAUGGCCAGGAUGGAAUGCCAGGUGUUGUUGGAACUCAAGGUGCUGGAAGAGCUGGUGGCCUUCAUGGCAAGGCUGGAUAUCUGGGUAGUCCUGGUGGGCCUGAUGAUGCUGGAGGAGUAGCUGCACUUUAUGGCAAGGAUGGAGUGCUAGGUGGAGCUGUUGGUGCUGGAGGAGCAGGUGGUCUCUAUGGUAAGGAUGGAAUCUUGGAUGGGGCUAGUGGGGCUAGGAGUGCUGGGGGAGUUGGUGGCCUGCAUGGCAAAGAUGGGAUGCCAAUUGUAUCUGGUAUUGGUGGAGAAGGGGACCUGCACGGCAGGAGUGGUUUGCCAGGUGGAGAAGGCAGAAUUGGGCGCGGCGGUAUUGUAGACCAUGCUGGACUUUAUGGUAAAGAUGGUAGGGCUGAUGGAAUUGGUGCUGGCGGUUUUGGGCUCAAUGAAGGAGGAGGACUGGGGAAUAUCUUUGGUAAGGAAGGUAGACUAGGUGGGAUUGGGAUUGGUUUAGGAGCUGGAGAUAUUGAUGGAUCACUGCUUGAGAAAAUGUCAGGCAUUCCUGGCGAAGAGUUCCUUGCUUAUGGACAGUCUUCCGGCUUUUAUGGUGCUGGAUCUCAUCCUGGUGACAGAAGACAAAAACUGUCUGACUUAGAUGCCAGUGGACGUAUUUCAGCUGAUGUUUCGAGAAGCAGGGACAGAAAAGGAAGAAUUCUGCUGGAAGAGGAUGCAAGAGAACCACAUUGCCGUUUCACUCAAGGCUUAUUUGACAUCCAUGCUCACAAAGGAAAAGCAGCUGUCUUGUCGUGCAGACUUAACAAUGAUCAGAUUGAAGGAAACUGGUUUAAAGAUGGGCUCAAGAUAACAGGCUUAGAUGGAGUGUCCAUUGAGAAGGAGGGUCCAGUCCAUAAACUGAUAAUUGAUGAAGUACAAGAAAAGCAUGCUGGCAAAUACAAAUUUGAAGCUGAAGACAUCCGAACAGAAGCAUCCAUUUUUGUUGAAGAUCCUCCAAGUAUUGACUCUGCACUUCUGAAUAAACUGAAGAAUGAACCUAUAGUAGUUAAGGCAGGAAAAAGCACCAUAGUUAAGAUCCCAUUUGAAGGCCGGAAGCCAAUCAGAGCAACUUGGCUUAAAGAUGAUGGGGAACUUCUGGAUGAUGCCAGGAUCAGCACUGACUAUUCAGAUGACUACACCCGGCUCACCAUAUCCAGCACCAACAGGAAGGAUUCUGGAGAUUAUAAAGUUAAGCUGAAGAAUGAGAGUGGAACCACUGAAGCCACUCUCAAGCUGAUAGUGAUAGAUAAGCCGCAACCACCAACAGGACCUAUAGUAGUUGUGGACAGCUCCACAAGUGGUAUAACUAUUCAGUGGAAGCCCCCAAAAGAUGAUGGUGGCAAACCAAUCAAGAGUUAUGUCAUUGAGAGGCAGCAAGUUGGCAGAAAAACCUGGCUGACACUGGGAGAAACCGAUGGAAACACCACAGUUUUCACCACCAACAAAGUAGAGCAGGAUAAGAGCUAUUACUUCAGGGUUAGAGCAGUGAAUGCCGAAGGUACCAGCGAAGUACUUGAAUCUGACGAGGUGAUGGCUGCUGCCAAAGUUUUUCCUGGCCCUCCUGCUCCUCCUAAAAUCAUCAGCGCCAGCAAGGGCACCGUCUCACUCUCAUGGGCAGCACCCCAUAAAACAGGCAACUCACGAAUUUUGGGAUACACCGUUGAGAAAUGCAAGAAGGGCAGCAAUACUUGGGCACCGGUCACUGACGUGCCCAUAACAGGAAAGAAGUAUACAGUAACUGAUCUGAAGGAGGGGCUGCAAUAUGAAUUCCGUGUUGCUGCCAUUAAUGCUGCAGGAACGGGUGAGGCCAGUGCGCCUUCAGAAGCUGUUUUCGCUCAGGAUCCUAUGAAGCCUCCAGGUCCAGUGAGAGAUCUUAAGGUUGUGAAUACUGACUACAGCAGCAUCUCUUUGUCAUGGCUGAAACCGGAGGCAGAGGAAGAAAGUUUCGCCAAAGGCUAUAUUGUAGAGAUGCGACACUCUGACACUCUGAAGUGGACUCCGUGUAAUGCUGUCCCAAUAACAAUGACUGCAUAUAUAGUCAGAGGAUUGAAAGCCAGGGAGAUGUAUUUCCUUCGUGUAAGAGCAAUCAACGAUGGAGGCUUGGGUGAAGCUGUUGAACUAGACACUUGUGUCCAAGCUGUGCCUCCCUCUGUUGGUCCCAAGGUCUUAGUAAAAGACAGCAUCAAAAGCUUUAUGAUUGUGAAAGCAGGGAAUACCAUUCGUAUACGCAUUCCUUUUGAAGCUUCCCCAUCUCCUGAAGUGUUUUGGCAAAAGGAUGGGAAAGCUCUGCCUGCAAAGGCCACAACGACCACCAGAGAAAGCCUGAGCCAACUCAUCAUACCUGGAGCUGACUUUUCUGACAGUGGCCAUUAUGCCAUUGUCCUCCGAACUGAGACUGGGAAAAAAGAGACUUUUGGCUUCCUGGUCCAAGUUCUAGAUGUCCCAGAAUCCCCUGGGCCUAUAGAGCUUGUUGAAAAGGUCCCUGAUACAGUGACCCUGAUCUGGGAGCCCUCCCCAACGGAGAAGAGAGACAGAACCCUAAACUAUCUGGUUAUGCGACGCGAUUCCUACAAAGGAUCAUGGGAACUGGUGACUGACUUGAUUUACACGAACAAGUGCACUGUUGCAAAUUUUGUCCCAGGCCGAGAAUAUUUUUUUAGAGUUCUGGCAAAAAAUUACAUGGGAAUUAGUGAGCCAUCUGAAACGGUGCAGCCCUGGAUUAUUCAUAGAGAAAGAGGUAAAUAUGAAGUCAGACUUCCAAGAUACAAGGGGAUCAACCACCAUCAACCUCCAAGAUUCCUCGUUCCACUGAAACCACAUGUGGUGAUUUUAGGAUUUGAUUGUCACAUGAGUUGUGCUGUGACUGGAAACCCAGCCCCUAAGGUAACCUGGUACAAAGAUGGCAAAAAUAUCACCAAGGAUCCUGCUUUCUUCAGCAAAAAUGACUUUGGGAUCUGCUCCCUCAUGAUCCCAGGGGUCACGCCUUCUGAUGCAGGCCAAUACAUGGCAAUGGCCGUCAAUGAAUUAGGAGAAGCAAACAGCAAAGCUGAACUCACCAUAAAAGAACCCACUGUUUGGUAGCAUGAGUUGUAGUAUACCAGCUUUGCACAGCCUGCGAUUUGAUGUUUUCCUGUUGGACCGAUGCUGUUACUGAAGGAUGCAUAUUAGCUCUUAUGUCAACAGCUUGAAGACUCUACCUAACACAAGGAAUGUGAUCAAAAUACAGCAGCUGACCUUUUCUACAAUUUCCCACAUCAGGAAAGCUUGCUGAAAAGAUUCAUGCAGUUCUGCCCAGCAAUUUUGCAAAUACAGAAUCCCAUAAUGCUUAUCAUGAAUGAAACAGCAUGGAGAUAACUGUAGAGAGAAAGAAGCUGGAGAUUUAUUGUCAUGUGUGUCACCAAAAAUGAAAGUAGUCCUGUGGGAAAUAAUUAACUGUUUAUGGGACUGCAACUGAGAUUUUUUAAAAAAAGAUGUGUGAUAAAAUCCUUGGAUCUAAACCUGUGAGAUCUGAAUGUUGCACAUAGUGGCACUGUUGGAACAUGUGAUUUAUAGAUGUUAAACAUUUGGGAUCCUUCAGUCAAGAGGAAUAUCCAAACCUAUCGGAGACAUCUCACUAUUUUCAACUAUCACAUGUUUAAUUGCAGAAAUGUUAGAAGCUUAUUGGAGUAGGAGAAUGCCACUCAUGUAAUAUGUAUGAUAUUAAAGACAGAUUCUUGAAUAACAUUUGCCUUAAAUCUGAAGUAAAAAUUUUAAGAUCUAUUUUCCUGAAAUUAUCAUGGUUUUAUCCAAAAGAUCAAGUCAGGAAUAUAUUUUCAGUAUUUUUCAAACAAUGAGUUGCAUCCUGAUUGCAGGCCAAAUGCCUGGAUGAGAUAAGAAUUUACUGACAACAGAAGAUACUUGCUCCAUGCCAUUUUUCACCUGAACUAAGCUAUUAGUUGGCUAUGCUGUUGUUUUUAAAGCAGUCAGCGCCUUUGUAGAUGAUAUCUCAUUUCAGAACAGAAUAAAAAGCAUAGGAAGUGUUUUUUGCAGAGUGGCUGUCCACAACUAUAUAGUUUUUACUGCAAAUAUGCUGCAGUGACAGGCCUAAAUGAUAUUUCUUCAAUAUAUAAAAGAACUGAUAUCAAGCCUCUGUCCGCACUCAGCAUUCAUUAAGAAUGUGUUGACUCCAGAAAUCUUGGAAGUUUCCAGUACAUUUCUGUGGUCAUUUUAGUGGGUUUUAUCAGGGAUCACAAGAAUCCAUACAAGUCAAGUGAAACUGUACUAAAUCGAUGAAGUUUUUAAAUAUGUAUGAAAUGAUUAGAAAUGGAAUGCUUACAAAAUUUAAUGUACUUGAUUUUGCCAAGUUGUUUUAUCAGAUCAUGGGAUGGGGAUAGAAAGAGGGGUGUUUGCGUGCUAAGAUUGCUUGGAAGAGGCCCAUGUUAUCAACAGUUUUUAUGCUUUUGUUUCAUCAUUUUUCUUUCUAUUUCUAUUGCACUUUAUGGGCCAAAGAGAAGAGAAAAUGUACUUUUAACCUGAGUAGGCAAGACCUUCUGUUCUAAAUAAAUUAUCAAUGAGUU